AUGCUGAUCAAGCUCACCGACGUGCAGACCAAGGUGAAACUUGAACGGAAGAUUUCGGAACGCUACAACAAUACCCAGGUAUCCAUUGAUCGCGGCACCUUGGUCCGGAGAAAAGCAUCGUACUCGGCUGAAAACAACAGCUUGUUACUAGGAUUUCGGGAUUCUUCCGUGAUACUGGUCGCGCCAUCCGAACUGCUAAAGGCUUCACCAAAAACGUCGACCCUGAGAAGCUUGGUUUUGAGCGUAGGGAUAGCAGAGUUAGAAGAAGAAAGAGAACUCAAUGCAGGUCUAGGGAUUCCACAACAAAUCAACUCGGGCGAAGUGGAGGUCGGAGCCAGCGGGACACCGGGCGGAACCAUACGCCCGGAAAGAGAACGCGAUCGGGGAGUGCAGCUAAAGUUCAAAACUCUGCAUCUGAUAACUCAUCCGAGCGAAAGGCAGCAGUUGCCGGGACACGCAGUCUACCUUGUCCCUUACGGCCACCAGAUCCGGACGGAGCGGAUGUUUGGGGCGCUGGCGUUGCCGUGGAUCGCUUGA